AUGCUCCGGGGUACAGCUCGCCGUCGACAAUCGGAGAACUCAACUCCGCCGGCAAAAAAGAAACGGCGUCGGGAUCAACGGGAGGGCGUAGGGUACGGCGGAGGAGUCGGUCCACACCCUGGCGGAUAUAUAGCGGUCGCGGCAAGCCGGUCGGCAAAUCUACGUACUGCUGGGAUGGCGGAAGUCGAUGAAUUUCAGUCGCCGGAGAUGGAAACUUUGAACAACGUGUUGCAAGGACGAAGAGAGUCGUCUGAGAGGGCAAAAGCCGACAAAUAUCCGCCGGCGACGGCGACGGUGAUGCCAGGCGGUGGCAGCGGCGGCGGCAAGGGAAAGUUCAAAUAG